UCACAUUAAGACUUUAAAUGGUCAUUAAAGAAGCAGUGUUAAAGCUUUUGAUGGUAUUUCGUAGCCCCAGAGGCAUAAAAUUUCCACUCAACGUCAGCUGAAGUUAUGGACAUGCGUAUUUUGCUAGAUAACAUUCCGUUAAGCUAACACCUGUGUUCCAGUAUCUUGUUUACGUAAUGUACAUUGGAGUCUGUGCUAGUUAAUCCCCGUAUGAAUCAGUCGUCACGCAGGUGUACGCGGGAAACAAUAUUUUACAAUGAAACUCGCGGUGGUCACUGGAGGAAACAAAGGGAUUGGUCUGGCCAUCGUCCGAUCACUGUGUGAAAAAUUUGAUGGGACUGUGUAUCUGACUGCCAGAGAUGUUAAACGUGGUGAAGCAGCUGUAGAUGAGUUAAAAAAGGAUGGCUUGAAAGUGAAGUUCCAUCAGCUUGAUAUUGAUGAUCAAAAUAGUAUUGACAAGUUUAGUGACUUUUUAAAGGAAAAUUAUGAAGGACUUGACAUUCUGGUAAACAAUGCUGCAAUUGCUUAUCCGGUCGAAUCAACUGUAUCAUUUGGAGAACAAGCAGAAAACACCAUAAGAGUGAACUUUUUUGGAGUUUUGGCAACAUGUAAAGCUUUGUUUCCCCUGCUUCGACCUCAUGCUCGUGUAGUUAAUCUCUCAAGCUCUGAAGGGCAUCUGACAAAAAUUCCUGGUGACAGCCUCAGAAAGAAAUUUUCAAAUCCUGAUUUGACAGAAGAUGAACUCUGUGAUUUAAUGAGGCAAUUUGUUGAGGCAGCAAAGAAAGGUGAGCAUGAAAAGCAUGGAUGGCGAAACUCAGCUUACGGUGUUUCAAAAGUUGGAGUUACUGCCCUCACUUUCAUGCAGCAAAAAGCGUUUGAUGCAGAUGAGCGUCCUGACAUUAUUGUGAAUGCUGUCCAUCCAGGUUAUGUAUCAACAGAUAUGUCAAACCAUAAAGGUCCCCUUACUGUUGAACAAGGUGCUGAUGCUCCUGUAUAUUUGGCACUUUUGCCUCCAGGUGUAUCAUCGCCCCGUGGUGAAUAUAUCUGGUGUGACAGGCAGGUUGUAAAUUGGUUCAAAGGUCCAAUGCCAGCUCCCUAUUAGUUUCAGCUAUCAGAUAAUUACAGCUGAACUUAAAAGAGAAUUGGAAAAGUUAAAUGUCCAGAGAACAAAAAAUGUUGGUGUCUAACAAAAAGUUUACACAGCUGUUAUCUGAAAAAUACAGUGUCUAGAUAUUUAAAGGACACACAUAUUGCACCAGUUUUCAUUCUAAUGGAUGACACUAAAGUAAUAAACAAAAAUAUCACAUCAUCACUGCAAAAUUUAGGUAGUUGGCUUAUUAAAUUUUGCUUAGUGAUAGCUUCAUCUGGGAAUAUAUUUUAUGAUCUUUACAUCUACAAAGAAACUGCAAUUAUGAGUGAAAUAUAAUGAUAUAAGCAAAAUUGUGAAUGUUGUAAUGAUACAAGCAAAAUUGUGAAUGUGUUUAUGACAUGUGUGUCAAGUGGUCAGCAACUGUUGUAUUUGUGGUUAUUAAAUAAAGUUGUACUCUAUAUAUAUUUGU